AUGAAUAUCCUUCGCCCCUUAUCUCCUCAUCUUCCUAUUUAUAAGCCACAGCUUACUUCGACGUUUUCAAUUUCCCAUAGAAUCUCCGGAGCUUUCCUAGCCACUAUAGUUUUCUUUUUUUAUCUUCUUUGUCUGAAAAUAGGUUUGAUUUGCUUCACCUAUGAGAAUUUCUACCAAUUCUUCUUUUAUUCAUCAAAGCUCAUCCUAAUCUCCGUCGAGAUUACUGCCUUAGCCCUGUCCUAUCAUCUGUAUAAUGGAGUUCGUCAUUUAUUGACGGAUUUUUCGGGAUUUUUCUUUCGGAAGAAAAAGAUUGAAAUGACUGUGCAAAAUUGA